CUUUUCUUCUGAAUGUAUAUCUUGAAAAUGGGUGAUUAAAUUAUUCGCCGAACGCAAAUCUUUAUGACAAAUUGGACAUAAAAAUCCUUCUUGAAUUAAAUUCGCUUCAGCCAUUUUCAGAUAAUUAAUUUAAUUUUGUAUUUAUAAAUUUUAAAUUGGAUUUACGCCUACGAUCACAUCAUACACUGAUCAUACACAAAGUCACAAAACAAGAUAACCUAAAAAAUUGUACUUGUGUUCUCUUCUUCUUCUCGUUGAUUAGUCUUGUCUAUAUAUUGACUACAGACACUAUUCUAUUUAUUAGGAAAACCAGUUUUUCUAUGGGACAACCAUAGAAAAAUAAAUCGCAAUGGAGCAUUUAUUUAAAAUUAUUUUAUCAUCCUAGGAACUAUAUUCUAUUUUAAAAACAAAACAUUCAACUUGUCAAAUAAUUAUUGACAUUAGAUUUUCGCAUAGAUUUCAAAGUUUUAUCAAUAAUUAAAUUAUUUUCUUUUCAAAGAUGGAUUCUAUACUAUUACCAAACGAAAUUGAAAUGUACAUAGAUACAAUGAGUCCUCAAAAAAUGCAGAACCUAGGAUCACAUCAAUGGCUAGAGUUUCACCAACGGAUUCAAAAAUUAAAUCAAGAAGCCCUCAUAGAAGUGUCAGCACUCAAAGAGGAACACGUAAAAGAAACUCUAGUUUGUUUUGGAAAAGUACCCAUUCUUGUACAUGAAGCUGUUUUAAUAAGUAUUUGGAAACAAAAAGUUCUUCCUCAACUGUUGAAACUGGAGCCUUGUCCAGAAACUACCAUUGUCGCCUAUUCGGUAUUGUACCAUGAAGCCGUAUCAGUGGCUUUAUUAGAGCUAGUCUUAUUUCAUCCGAAUUGCUGCGAAACGCUUGAAGACGCAGCUGCAGACCUGUUGGAAUAUUCUUGCAGUAAUGUUUCUCAACUACUUUCAAUUAAACCUAUAGAUCCUCCUUUAAAUGAAAAAUCAGAAAAGGAAAUUCUUCGCCAAAAAAAUAAUCUAUCAUUUGAGAUUGGAAUAAGGUGUUUGACGAUAGUAAGAUAUCUAGCAGAAAACCUAGAUGGCUUGCCUGUUAGUACAAAAUCUAAAAUAUAUGGCGAUUACGAUGUGCCAAUUCUUUUUACAGAGAUAUUAUCAGUGGCUCCUUGGAUCAAGGGUAAUCAAAUUUAUACAGGAGGAAAGUGGAGAGACUGGGAUAAGGAACAGUUAGGACAACAUGAAGCACAAGUUUGGCUAACAUUGCGUCAACUUCUACUAGACAACGAAUGUUCAAAAUAUUAUUCUUUGACUGACAGACAUCGUGCUCAACUAGCAAAGUUGCUUCCUCUAUUAACUCCUACACUCUUAGAUCAGUUGUCACCUCUAAUAGAAUUGAAGCAUUGGUUAUGUCGGCUAAGUGUCAUGGAAAAGUCUGCAUCGCAACCCAAACCUCUUCUUAUAGAGACAAUACUUGACAUAAAAGAAGCCAUUCUCAAACAGACUGAAGGAAAAUGGAAAACAAUUGCUAAAAAACAAUUAUCAAAUAUUUUUCCUGUAGAAAGAGAAACGCUACAUGAGAUUGCAGGAAAAUUAUCUGAUGCAUAUAAUACAGAAUUCCUUGAAAAGUUUGAUGAAGCUAAAGGAGACGCGAAAUGUGCUGGAUGUGGUAAAGACGCGAUUCAAAGAUGUUCUCGAUGCCACAAAGUUUGGUAUUGCAACCGAGAGUGUCAAGUGAAUCACUGGAAUGAGCACAGUACCAAUUGCUCACCAUAAUUAAUUUUUUUUUGUACUAACUUAAAAUAAGUAAUGUUUCUUAAUUACUUUUUGGUCUACUUGAGUAGUAACUAAAAGAAGUGGCAUUGAUUACUAAAGGGAUACAUUACCAAUUACUUUUCUAAAAAUAUUUUUUUCAAGCCUACAUAUUUCAAAAUCAGCUUUUAAAUCUAAAACCUAACGAUUAUUUUAGAAACUAGCAAUACUUUUAUUUCAGUUAUGUAAAACGAAAAUUAUCUAGGAUUCUUCAGUUAAAAACACAAUUAAAGAAAAUGUUAUGAGAUGCUAAAAACAAAAGGCGACAAAAUCCAGAUUUUGUAGAACAUGUGGAAUAAUUUCAAAAACCCAUACUGAGAUCAGAUAUUCAUUAAUAAAGUACUGAAGA